UAAUUAAAUGCAUUGCCAGAUCGGCUACAGUUUAUAACUAUUUAAGCACACGAGCAUCUCUCAUUCCGUGUCAGUCAUCAGUGUUCGCCAUGGCAAGCAGCAGCAAGCUCUCCUCGGCGUUCGCGCUCGCCGUCGUCGUCCUGCUGCUCGCCGGCGGGGUGAUGCCGGCGGCGGAGGCGGCGUCGGCGCACCUGCACUUCUUCAUGCACGACACGCUGACGGGGGCGGCGCCGACGGCGGUGCAGGUGGUGAACGGUCCGCGGAGCCACUUCGGCGACACGAUCGUGAUCGACGACGUGCUGACGGCGGCGGCGAGCCGGUCGUCGGCGGCGGUGGGGCGGGCCAAGGGGCAGUACGUGUGGGCGUCGUCGGGGAACCCGGAGCUGCUGGUGACCAUGGAGGUGGUGCUGACGUCGGGGCCGUUCGCCGGCAGCUCGGUCACCGUCGUCGGGAGGGACGACAUCGCGGCGCCGGUGAGGGAGCUGUCGGUGGUCGGCGGCACGGGGGAGUUCAGGAUGGCGUCCGGCUACGUCCUCUGGAAGACGGUCAGCCUCGACCACCCCAACGCCAUCCUCGAGCUCGACGUCUACGUCAACCCCUGAGAUCGCCGCCGCCGCCGCCGGCCACCGUGUGCUUGCUUCCGGCGUACGUGGUGGUGGCAUGACGUGGCGUGUGCCAGCACACGACACAUGUCGCAGCUGCCACGGAUGCUACACUACCUUACACUAUACUACUAUACUAUACUAGUACUGCCACCCAGCCAGUGACGAAUAAUAUGGACAAGUCCAUUCCAUGUGUUGUUAGUUGUUACCGUGGCGUGUAAUAAUUCAUGAGAUUUGUCAAUUAUCAACUUCCAUUCCAGAUCAAUAGUACAAUUAUUCAUCAAAAAAA